GGAAGAUGUCGUCAUGGUGGUCUGAUCCAGAAGGAGAACAGAAGGAAAGAGGCUGACGCCAACCGUAAAAAGACAUGAAUUGUUCAAGAGAAUCGUGCUUUAUGGGAUCCUGUUAGUGAUGAUUUUAGGAAUCGUCAAGUUACAUACGAGAUUUGGACCAAAAUUUGUCGAACAUUAUAUCCCGAAUGGGAUGGGCUUGACCAAAAGCUACAGUCCACAAUAUUGCAAGAUGUCAAGAACCGUUGGAGGUCAAACAAAGAUCAUUUUCGAAAAUAUAUGAAUGAUGUUGGCAAAAGUGGGUCUGCUGCGCCUACAAAAAAAAGUUUCCCAUUUUGAGCAACUACAGUUUCUUCUAACCAGCCGCGUUGUUUGCAAUUCUAGUGGCAACAUUACAAAUCCUCGGACGUUGGAACCAGACAACGAAAGCCAACAAUCAUCAGGGUCCACACAAGAUCAAGAAAGAAGUCAAGAAGAUGUUGCUGGACCAUCUGAGCCAAAUGUGGACUUGGCAAGUAGACGAGCAGCAAAUGAUGGAUACAAUACUAAUGCUGGUAGCAGUCGCAGAGGUGGCCGUUCAGGCGGUCGGGGUAGGGGGCGAUCAAUCACAGUAGAAAGUGAGGCAAUAGCAAUGCUUCAAAGGGUAGAUGCGGAGGACCAUUGGGACCAUAUCACAUAUACAAUGGCUGAAAGGCUGGGCAAACUCCCUGAAGGAAGACAAUGGUCAUGUGUUCCUGCCCUUUUUGAAAUUAUGGCUUUAUAUGCCUCCCCUAAUCCUAUUCCAGAUAAUGUUGAGGUAAUUGCGACUAUAGGCAACUUACGUAAAAAAUAUUGCUGUGAUAACAUGGUCAAUACACCUCCGCCAAACAACACUUUGGAUAACUCAGUACAGUCUGACAAUUCAACUCCUAAUCCCAGAUUUACAAACACCACAGAGGAAAUGUGGCAACAACAGUACAAUGCACAAUGUAGCUCAAAUCCUUCUUCAUAUCUAGCCUUACUACAUGAACCAUGUGAUGAAGAAGAAUCACAUAGUAUUGUUAGAAAGGUCACUAGGGAAUUCACAUCACCAUCUGAGCUAACAUCUGGCCAAGAGCAAAGACAUUAUCAGACACUGUAAUGACUUUUCUUAAGUUAUUUGACAAUUUUAGUUUACAUUUUCUAAGCACUUAGGCAAAAUAAUGUUAUGGUUAAGUUGAUCACGGUCUGUGAGUCUACCAUCUAGAUAAUGCUAUUUAGCUGCCUUUCUAAGCCAAGAUUAUUGGCCUUGUUUAAAUUACGUUACGAAAAUAACUUUGUUUAAUUUUUGAAAGUGCCAAACAAACCAGCAAUGUAAGGAUGUGGAUAUUUUUGGCCAUAUGCAGCUGCUUAAAAAAAAAAUGUAGGGUCAUUUACAUGGUCCAUGACAUAACCAUAUCUGUUAUUUGAUAAAUUAGUCGUUACAACACUGUAUGCACAAAUGUGAGAUUGCCAUAAACAUGCAAUGCAAUAAGACUCCCUGCUGGGUAAACUGUCAUGCUUUACUCUUUGUAUGUGAAAACAUCACAUGUGAGCCUUUAUGUUUUCUGGCAAUGUCCUUAUUUUUUGCGCAAAUGUUAUAUAGUAGCUGAAUAGUUUAAAUGUCUGGCUUUAGG